CCUCUAAAACUGGAGGAAGAUCCAGACCAUAGAAUUUCUCUCACGGAAUAAUUAUUAGAAAGAUGUGUUAAUUUUAUUCCCUUUUACUAGAUCUACAUCAAUGCAAUAACACGCUUGCAUAGGUCCACAUCUAGAUCUAGUAUUUAUUUUUUACAUCAAUCAUACAUUUCUAGAUCUACUUUUAGAAUUAGUAAUAGUAAUUAGUAGUACCUAAUCUAGUUCUAGUUUGUAGACUCAGUAUCGAGAUUCUAGAUCUAGAAUAAUAUUAAAACAAAGUUGGGGCAUCAUAUAUGUAUGGUAUAAUAGGUAAGACUUAGUCUGCAGAGUAAAUCCUCAGUCCAGGAUACAAAUAAAUAUGGAUUUAGUGCUUUGUAAAGGAUUUAUCAUCGCAAAACCAUCUUCAUGUUCAGAAAGACAUCUUGUAACGGGGCUGCUCUGAUAACACAGAAGACGUUAACAAAAUGAUGGUUCAACACAUAAUGGAUACUAUACUCAUUUUCGCCUUGGCAUUGACUGAAGUCCUGGCUCAGAGAUCAAUAAUCAACAAAGAUAGGUUCGACGUCAACGGCACUUUCUUCCUGGAGUGUGACAUGGACAAAUUUAACGUCUUCUCAAAACAUCGUUCGAUUGUGGAACUGGCCAUAGAGAGGAAGCUAUUUGGUCAGUUUCACUACGAACUAAUGGCCAAAUCAAUUCUAUUUCCAACCAGUGUGUCCGAGCAGAAACAGCAGUAUAUUCCUAGUGGACGUCAAUGGAACGUUGAAUUUUACGGGAUAUGGGAUAGAGACAACUUUGACACCAUCAAAGUAACAAUAGACGUCCGUGAUGCCAGCUGUGAGGAUGUCGGUGAAUACAGGUGUUACUACCUUCACAGCGAAAGUCUAGACUUCUACCACACGAAGGAAUUCCCUCUGACAUUGAACCAGCCUAUAACCAAUCACAUUAUUACUCUUGAACCACGCAAUUCUAACAAUACAAAUGUGAAUUCGGCAAUUUUCGAAGUGGGACGCAACGUCAAAUUGAGCUGCUCUUUCGAAGGCGCACCGAUGAUAGUCAGUGACUGGUCGUUUAUUAAGUACUCUUCGGGACCACAGAAGAAUGCCAUCCUCUCAUUGCCGGCAGUCGCUGUAGCCACGUACGACGGGUGCAUCAGGUAUGCGUACAGGAACAAGCUGAUCUUCUCUGUCUCGCCCUUCUUCUACGGCGUCAGGUACACGUGCUCUGUGUUUUAUGAGAGCAGAGUUCUGAGCUAUGCAGACUUCAUCAUAUACGCCACGACAUUCGCUAGCUCCAGGAAUGAAGGUGAAUCAGCAGUUUAUUUACAUUCACUGAAUUGUGUGACAAUAUUUGCUUUUAUCACUAUGUUGACAUGUCAUUGAUAUGUCAGUUGUGAAACAUAUCUAGUGAAUAAAGACAUUUAAAAUACAACGGGCUUGUUUCUUGUAACAGAAUACAUUAAAAUGCCAUUGGUUUGUAAAAUGUUUCGCAUGUCCUUUCUGAGUCGAAGAUAAUUUACUUCCUAGUCCAAAACUCACACAUGACUACUGGGGAUGGGAGCGGGCAGGGUUUGAACCCGGGACCUUCAAUAAGUCCGAACGACAGUCCAGUGCGCA